UGGCUCUAGAAAACAGGGGGCUAUCCAGGCGGUGGAAGGCAUUGCCCAUACCCCGGACCAAGACAAUGGGCAAACUGGUCGAUAUGUGCUGCAUGCCCCAGGCUGGACGAGCAGCGUUAAGAGCGUGCCAGUCUCUUGGGCCUUGGAUGGGUCCAUAUCAGUGUCCCCUUCAUCCGUGGGACAGGCCACCGACUUCAGCCUGCCCAGCCUCUGACUCAUACCACUGGUGGCCCUGGAAUCGUACACCACCCUACUUCCCCCCUUCCUGGUGAUUGCUGGGAAGUCCCUCCAUAAGUCAAACCUAAGGUCCACAGAGGGUUGCUGAGACUGCCGAGGGAAGUUCACAAAGUGUUCCUAAUACCAGGCUUGGUGGCAGCCACUUCUCCCAGGUUCCUGUUUGUCUUCGACAACCAUGGCUCCAAAACAAAAGGCUGUGAAGAAGAAGGGACCCCAAGGAACAGGAGAGGAAGACAACUUCUGCUCCGUGGCUGAGGCCCUCAGGGCUGCACCCAAAGAGAAGCRUGUAAUCCGCGUGGACCCCACUUGUACACUCAGCAGCAACGCCGGGACCCAGGUGCAUGAAGACUAUGACUGCACCCUGAACCAGACCAACAUUGGAAAAAACAACAAUAAGUUCUACAUCAUCCAGCUACUGGAAGAGGGUGGCAAGUUUUUCUGCUGGAACCGCUGGGGCCGGGUGGGAGAGGUGGGCCAGUCAAAGAUCAAAUACUUCACCUGCCUAGAAGAUGCCAAAAAGGACUUUGAGAAGAAAUUUCGGGAGAAGACUAAGAACAACUGGGCAGAGCGAGACCACUUUGUGGCCCACCCUGGCAAGUACACGCUUAUCGAAGUACARGGAGAGGACGAGACUCCGGAGGCGAAGGUGGAUGGAGGCCCACUGAGGAUUGUGACUAAGCAAGUGAAACUCUGCUCCCUGGACCCUGCAACCCAGAAGCUCAUCACCAACAUCUUCAGCAAGGAGAUGUUCAAGAAUGCCAUGACCCUCAUGAACCUGGAUAUGAAGAAGAUGCCCCUAGGAAAAUUGAGCAAACAGCAGAUUGCACGGGGUUUUGAGGCCUUGGAGGCACUGGAGGUGGCCUUGAAAGCCCCUACAGAUAGUAGCCAAACCCUGGAGGAACUGUCCUCCCACUUCUACACUGUUUUCCCACACAACUUCGGUCGCAUGCGGCCCCCGCCCAUCAACUCCCUURAGCUUCUUCAGGCGAAGAAGGACAUGCUGCUGGUGCUGGCAGACAUCGAGCUGGCCCAGACCCUGCAGGCAGCUCCUAGGGAGGAGGAGAAAGUGGAAGAGGUACCACAUCCUCUGGACCAGGACUACCAGCUCCUCAAGUGUCAUCUUCAGCUGCUGGACUCCGAGGCUCCUGAUUACAAGGUGAUACAAAACUACUUAAAACAGACUGGCAACAAACACAGAUGCCCUGUUCUGCAAAACGUUUGGAAAGUGAACCGAGAAAAAGAGGGAGAUAGAUUCCAGGCCCACUCCAAGCUGGGUAAUCGAAGGCUGCUGUGGCAUGGCACCAAUGUGGCCGUGGUGGCUGCUGUCCUCACCAGUGGGCUCCGCAUCAUGCCACAUUCUGGUGGCCGUGUUGGCAAGGGCAUCUACUUCGCCUCAGAGAACAGCAAGUCAGUUUGCUAUGUUACUCCUAUGCGCUGUGGGUCCAAACAAGUGGGCUAUAUGUUCCUGGGCGAGGUGGCCCUGGGUAAAGAGUACCACAUCACCAUCGAUGAUCCCAGCUUGACGUGUCCACCCACUGGCUUCCACAGUGUCAUUGCCCGAGGCCACACAGAGCCUGAUCCAACCCAGGACACUGAGCUGGAGCUGGAUGGCCAGCAAGUGGCAGUGCCCCAGGGCCCGCCCCUGCAAUGCCCAGAGUUCAGCAGCUCCCACUUUAGCCAGAGCGAGUACCUUAUCUACCAGGAGAGCCAGUGUCGUCUACGCUAUCUGCUGGAAGUUCACCUCUGAGCUGCCUGCCCUGUCUAUCAGGUCCUGCUAGGGGCUGGACCAUGAUCUUAAAUCUUCCUCCCAUCUCUGGUACCUCCAUAUCACCCCUUCUCGACAGCCCCCAAGAAUAUAAUUCAUGCCUGGCCCACUGGCCUGUAGUUCCAGCUACUCAGGAGGCUAAAGCAGGAGGAUGGCUUGAAGCCAGGGGUGCAAGGCCAGCCUGGGCAA